UUCAAAUUCUCUCCCUUGCCUUGCACCCGCUGAUCGUAGUACACGCUGUUCCUCCAAAACUUCUCCUCUUGAAGCUCAGCUAUGGCGAAUUUAAAAUCAAUCCACAGAGAUCCAACGGUUCAAAAUACGUCAACUCUCACAAGUAGUGCAGGAGUUUGUAUGAUGAAUAGCAAAUGGAGAGAUGAACAACACCCUUCUUUUAUCAAUUUCAUCUCUUCCUUCCUAGCUGCGAAUUCCUUUCGUCUCAACUUUGUUCCGAUUUCUCCCGAUUGCAUUUUCAACUGUGGGGGCUUGUCAGUGGCAUUCAUCUUUGUGACUAACUGGGAUUGUGACAAUAUCAUGCCAAUCUUCAGCAGAGUUCAGAAGCUAAAGGGACAGUUUGCUAAUUUUUAUGUUGUUGUAUCCCUUUCAACCAAGGAGCAGAACGAUUCUUUUGUUCGCUCUUACUUCAAGUAUGGGAUGGAGCUUGGCAAGCCAACGUUUGUGCCAGUCCAAGACAGAGAGAUGGGAUUUGAAAAGAUUGUUAAAAUAGCUCUCUCUCGUGGGGCAUGCAAGCGGCAGGAUGUUACAUCGAAGUUGAAGGCUGAGAGGAAGCAAGCUAUGCAUGGGAUGGACAAUUUUAGAGUGAUCACAUCCAUACCAGGCAUUGAUAAUCAUGACGCGAAUUCGCUCAAUCAAGCUAUUGGUUCAAUUGAAGCAAUUGCUAAGGCAUCAAAAGAGCAUAUCCUAGAGAAUACAGAUCUUUCAGCUGACAAGGCAGACAUUAUUACCAGGUUUUUCAGAGAUCCAAAGUUUUACCUCAGUCCAAAAAUUAAUUGAUAUAAAGAAACAAAUAGUAACUCGGUGAAACCCUCGGUUAAUUGAUUUGAUUGCUCAAGCUUUACUGUAAGUCCAUAUGAUAAAAGCCUACAAGUAUUUCAAUUAGUAGAUAAAAGUCUUGAGCCUGGUGAUGGUUCUUUGAGUCAGUACUGUCGAUUAUUCUCGAGUGAAUACAUAUUCCUUUGAAACUGUUGACUGAAUUUUGAAGUACUGGACCUAUCUUACACUUCUUUAAUCCUACAAACUGGUAAGUUGGGGAAGUGACAUCUUACUUUCUAUUAUUUUACUUUAUUUUACAAA